AUGGAAACUGUAAAGCAAAGGCUCAAUGGGGAAACCAUUCAACAACAACAGCAGUAUCAAGAUGACUAUGGGGUCUUGAAUUCAGAAGAUGAGUUUGAUCAAGAUACACAAUCUAUGGAGGAAAAUGAAGAAGAGGAAGAGGAAACAACAGCUCACUUAAUUAAAGCUUUUGGUUCCACCUUUCACAGUGAAUAUCAGGAGGAAAUCCAAGAAGCCACUAAUCAGCAGGGUUUAUCUCCUAGGGGUAGAUCACAAGGGAAGCAAAGCAAACAGAAUCCAGUUGAAUAUGGACAAGGCUAUCUCAAGAAAAUGCACAACUUAUCUUUGAUUGCUAUUUUGGAACCAUUCUCUGAUAAUGAUCUUCUCAACAACUACAGAAUCCAGUUGAAUAUGGACAAGGCUACCUGCAAACCAAAUGGAAAAAUUUGGUUAUUGUGGAAUGUUGAAACUGAUGAGCAACAUAUCACUUGCCGAUUCAUUAUUCUAACAGGAACAUUCCCUGGUGCACCAUUGGUGACUUCAUUCAAUGUGAUUACAUCUACUGAAGAAAAACAAGGUGGAGUUCCAUACAACAUGAAUAAAAGUUUUGAAUUUCUCAGUGUUAUAGAAGAUUGUGGCUUAUUGGAUCUUGGUUACAAUGGGAGUCACUUUACCUGGUGCAACCAAAGAACUGAGGAAGCAAGGGUGUGGAAAAGACUCGAUAGGGCCAUGGUUAAUGAUCAGUGGCUAGAAAACAUGCCUCAAUCCACUAUAUCUCAUCUUCCCUUUGUAGGAUCCGAUCACUGCCCCCUUCUCUUGGAAAUGGCUGUGAGAAUGAAUCAGAAUACCAAGUACUUGAAGUUCCUUCAUUUCUGGACAGAGCACAGUAAUUUUUUACACAUUGUUAAGGCCUGCUGUGACAGAGAAUCUAAUGGAAAUCCUAUGGGGAAGCUGCAUCAGAAAAUGAAAAGGUUGUCCACAACUCUUAGCAAUUGGUCCAAGCAAGAAUUUGGGGAUAUAUUUAGCACUGUUAAAAGCUAUGAAGAUAGGGUCAGAAUUGCUGAAGAGGAAAUGCUGCAAAACAACUCACAGGCCAGCAGAGCUAAACUUCAUCAACUCAAUGUUGAUUAUAUCAAAUACCUCAAGUUGGAAUCCUCUAUACUCAAGCAAAAAACUCAACUCCACUGGUUUAGAGAAGGAGAUGCUAACUCUAAAUAUUUUCAUGUUGUGAUGAGAGGAAGAAGGAAAAAAUUGUUCAUUCACAAAAUUUGUACUGACAAUAAGGAAUGGGUUCAGGGUGAUGACAACAUUGCUAAAACUGCUUGUACACACUUUCAACAUAUCUUUUCUGGUCAUGAGAAUAGAAUUGUUGAAGGUAUUUUACAAUGUAUUCCAAGAAUGAUCACACCUGAGCAAAAUCAAAAACUUCAAGGCAUGCCUACAAUGGAGGAGCUACAGCAGGUAGUCUAUUCUAUGAAUCUUAAUUCAGCUCCAGGUCCGGAUGGUUUUGGUGGAAAACUUUACCAAGUAUGCUGGGACAUCAUUAAACAUGAUAUUCUUGAGGCUGUGAAGUCCUUCUUUUGUGGUUCCAUCAUGCCUAAAUUCAUGUCACAUGCUUGUUUGGUCCUUCUUCCUAAAGUUGAGCAUCCUAACAAGUUCAAUGAAUUUAGACCUAUCAGCUUAAGUAACUUCACAAACAAGAUCAUCUCCAAGCUCCUAUGCCUCAGACUGGCUCCAAUACUUCCUCUUCUUAUUUCGGAAAAUCAAUCAGGGUUUGUUAGAGGAAGGAGCAUUUCUGAAAAUAUCAUGUUGGCUCAGGAAAUUAAUCAUGGCAUUAAAAAGGCUAAUGAAGGAGACAAUGUUGUGAUCAAGUUUGAUAUGGCAAAAGCUUAUGACAGGGUUUCGUGGUCUUUCACUUGCUUAGUUCCGAGGAAAAUGGGAUUUGGGGAAACCUUCAUUGAUCUUGUAUGGAGAGUUAUGAGCAAUAAUUGGUGCAGAGUUCUUUCGAGAAGACUUAAUCUCCUUUAUCAAAAUCCGGGUUACAAAGGUUUCCAAAUGGAGAUUAGGGGACCAGAAAUUAAUCACUUGAGCUUUGAGGAUGAUAUAAUUAUUUUUACUUCUACCACCAGGAGUUCUCUGCAGUUUAUUAUGGAGACUUUGAAUACCUAUGAAGAGGUCUCAGAUCAGCUCAUAAACAAGGCAAAAAGUCAUUUCAUGGCCCCUACAAACACCCCUUCUGAUGUCAUUCUACUGAUUGAGGAAAUUACUGGUUUUUCACAGAAAUCCAGUCCUAUCACUUACCUGGGGUGCCCUUUAUAUAUUGGAAGGCAAAGAAUUAUAUACUAUUCUGAGCUUGUGGCAAAAGUGGUUAAAAAAAUCAGCGAUUGGCAAUCCAGAAUUCUCAGUUUUGGAGGCAAGGCUACCCUCAUUAAACAUGUUCUACAAUCAAUCCCCAUUCACACCAUGGCUGCAAUAUCCCCUCCUAAAACAACCAUCAGGUAUAUUAAGAGGGUUACUGCUGACUUUUUCUGGGGAUGGGAUAACGAGAAGAGAAAAUAUCACUGGGCUUCCUGGGAGAAUCUUAGUUUUCCUUACGAAGAAGGAGACAUUGGAGUCAGACAACUUGAAGAUGUAUGCACCUCCAUGCAAUUCAAACAAUGGUGGACCUUUAGGAGUAAGAACACUCUGUGGGGGGACUUUUUGAGGGACAAAUAUUGUCAAAGAGCCCAUCCAGUUGGCAAGAAGCUGGAUACAGGUCAGUCUUUGGUUUGGAAUUACAUGAUGAAGAAUAAAAGCAUUAUGGAACCCCAAAUCACUUGGAGAAUUAACUCAGGAACUUGUUCCUUCUGGUGGGAUGACUGGACAGGGGAAGGUCCACUGGCAUACCAAUGUUCUGAGAUCAACAGCCUAAACAAUACCACAGUUGCUCAUUUUCUGCUUGAAGGUAAAUGGAAUGAGACCCUUGUGAGACAAAGUGUUCCCCCUCUUCUUGUACCAAAAGUUUUGAGCUUCCAAUUCCAUUACCUGGCAGAAACUGUUGAUGUACCAGUUUGGAAGCCUACUGAAAAUGGGCUGUUCUCAUGUGCUUCAGCUUGGGAAUUCGUCAGAAGGAAAAGGGAGAAAAAUCAAUUUAAUGCUAAAAUUUGGCACAAGAAUGUUUCUUUCAAAAUUCCCUUUCUCACCUGGAGGGCCUUGAGAUUUAAACUCCCAGCCAAUGACAAACUCAUAUCUUUUGGCAAGGAUCCAGCCGACUGUUACUGCUGUCACAGACCAGGCCUGGACAGCAUUGAUCAUAUUUUCAUGUCUGGUCAAGUUGCCAGUUAUAAUUGGAGGUUCUUUUCUGCUGCCUUUGGUAUCUUUCACAACCAUUCUUCUGUGAAAAAUCUGUUGAUCAACUGGUGGGGGAUGGAAGCUAAGAAUGAGGUGAAAAAGCUGUGUGCAGUCAAGUAUGGGGGCAAACAUUCCAACACCUCCAGAGUUAUCUUCCUGAUUAUCAAAGACACUGCCCAGUUCUUAUAUACUGCUUUCCCCUAUAUUCAUUGGCCUUAUAACUGGCAUGCAAUUUUUAGUAAGAUUGAAAACUGCAAGCAUGAGAUGAAGAUCAGGGAAGUUAAAUGGGAAAGGCCUCCGGACAGCAUCUACAAAUUAAACACUGAUGGAAGUGCGCUUAAUAACCCUGGCAAAAUUGGUGGAGGAGGUAUAUUGAGAGAUCAUCAAGGUCAAAUGGUGUAUGCUUUCACCAUAGCCCUUGGUAUGGGCACCAACAACAUGGCAGAAACUCAAGCUGCUGCACAUGGACUGUAUUGGUGUCUUCAACAUGGUUUUAAGAACGUUAUUUUAGAGGUUGAUUCUGAGUUGCUCGCCAAAUGGAUUACUCACAUCAUCAAACCACCUUGGAGGAUACAACACCAGGUUCAGGAGUUAAAUCAAGCUUACCAACCAGUUAGAGUUUUUUCAAUGCAAACACAUAUACAGAGAAGCAAACAGCACUGCAGAUUUCCUGGCCAAGCUCAGUCAUAA